CGUAGAAGGCCUGAGUUGAGUCGAAGUAUCAGCAUUGCAUCUGCCCCCUUUACCAGCGUCACUUGUGCUUCAGACUGUUCCGACUCGUCCACAAUCUCUCCCAACCUUUUUCACUUACUACAGUGCAUUUCGUUUCCUUGUCUACUAUGGCAGAAGAAGCCGAAUCAAAAAAGCUCUACGUAUCCGCAGAGGAUGCUCAGACCUACGUUGAAGGCGUACUGAAGGGCAACGGAGUACCACCGGAGAAUGCAAGGAUCGUGGCCAGAUGCUUGGUAGGGGCUGACUUACGCGGUGUCGACACCCAUGGCGUCAACCGAAUCCCAUCUUACAUGGCACGCAUAAGGCAGGGUGUUCUUGAUCCGAAAGCUCAGCCUACACUUCAUGAGAUCACCCCAGUAGUAGCGCAGGUAGACGCUCAUAACGCUUUCGGCUUUAUUGCCGCGCACAUGGGCAUGGCCAAAGCGUGCGAGAUGGCAAAGACUUACGGCAUCGGCAUGGUGUCCGUCAAGCACAGCAAUCACUUCGGAAUGUCCGCCUGGGUCGUGCAGCAAGCCAUUGACGAAGGCAUGAUGAGUCUGGUCUUCACAAACUCCUCUCCAGCGUUACCGGUCUGGGGCGGCAAAGAGAAACUGAUGGGUGUUUCGCCAAUCGCUUGCGGUGCACCAGCCGGCAAGGAGAAACCGUUCAUAUUGGACAUGGCGCCUUCCGUCGCCGCUCGAGGCAAGAUCUACAAGGCCAAGCGGAGAGGGGAGAAGAUUCCCAAAGACUGGGCGCUGGACGCUGAAGGAAGGCAGACGCAAGAUCCUGCUGCUGCGCUGGAAGGCGUAAUGUUGCCCAUGGGCGGACCGAAGGGCAGCGCUUUGAGCGUCAUGAUGGAUGUUUUCUCCGGCGUGCUGUCAGGCUCGGCAUUUGCGGGGCAUGUAACGAAUCCAUACGAUCCGAGCAAACCAGCGGAUGUCGGUCACUUUCUGGUGGCAAUCAAGCCGGAUCUGUUCAUGAGCCUUGACGAUUUCAAGCAGCGGAUGGACUACCUAUAUCAGCGGUGUGUGGGCUGUGAGAAGAUGGCUGGUGUGGAUCGCAUCUUCUUCCCAGGCGAGAUUGAGCAGCUCACGGAGGAGAGGAGGAAAGCAGAGGGUAUCCCGUACGUGGACGCCGAGGUGCACGCGCUGAAUGAGGAGGCAAAGAAGGUCGGUGCUGAGACGAUUAAGGUCAAGCAGCAAUGAGCCAGGCACGUCAAUGGUCAAGUGCUCCAACAGUCCCUCUAAGGGAAGCAACCCAUAAUUAUAGUAAACACUCCCUCCGUUGUUAGCUUGGACUAGCUAACAAGCGAAGACUGUCUGUCAGUUGACGGAUCGAAGCG